GAGUUGGAAUCGACAUCAAGACCGACGCCGUCGUCGCCGCCCACAUCUCAAGAAUCUCAUCAUGGCCCGCGGACCCAAAAAGCACUUGAAGCGCCUUGCCGCCCCCUCCUCAUGGAUGCUCGACAAGCUGAGCGGCACCUACGCUCCCCGUCCCUCGCCUGGCCCCCAUAAGCUCCGCGAGUCUCUUCCCCUCACGAUCUUCCUCCGCAACCGCCUAAAAUACGCCCUCUCCGGAAGCGAGGUCACCAAGAUCGUCAAGCAGCGUUUGAUCAAAGUCGAUGGCAAGGUCCGCACUGAUAACACCUACCCUGCCGGUUUCAUGGACACGAUCUCCAUCGAGAAGUCGGGCGAGCACUUCCGUCUCCUCUACGACGUUAAGGGCCGUUUCACCAUCCACCGCAUCACCCCUGAGGAGGCUUCUUACAAGCUCCUCAAGGUCCGCAAGGUUGCCGUUGGUGCCAAGAGCGUCCCCUACAUUGUCACUCAUGAUGGUCGUACCAUCCGCUACCCCGACCCUUUGAUCAAGGUUAACGACACCGUCAAGUUCGACCUUGAGCAGAACAAGAUUCUCGAGUUCGCCAAGUUCGAUACCGGCAACCUCGUCAUGGUCACCGGUGGUCGCAACAUGGGUCGUGCCGGUGUCAUCACUCACCGUGAAAGGCACAUUGGUGAUUUCGACAUUGUCCACGUCAAGGACUCGCUGGACCGGACAUUCGCUACGCGGAUCUCCAACAUCUUUGUCAUUGGUGAGGGUAACAAGCCCUGGAUAUCAUUGCCCAAGGGCAAGGGUGUCAAGCUCACGAUCUCGGAGGAGCGCGACAUGAGGAGGAGACAACGUUCAUCUGAGCAAUAGAUGAUGGCGGGUCUUGGGAUUUUCAUACGCCUUUGUCCCCUUUCGCUUGUAUGCUUCCAUGUGUAUGCCAGAUUACGCCACUAAAAAUGCAGAAGACAUGGUGCUAUGAACGCGAC